GAGCAGGUUGGGCGGGUGUUGGCGGCCAAUCACCUGGGCCGCUCGUCUACCAACCAGGAAGCAAGCCCUCAGGACCAGCUUUGAGGGGUGUGUGUGAAGAGCCACGUGAAUAUGGGCACGGCCAAUAGGAAAGCUGUUGGGCUGGCGCUUCCGCGUUGUGCUGCGAGGCGUGUAGACAGACGGGGACUCUAAAUGACGAGAAGUCACGUGUAACAAGCGACUCGGCCAAUGGAAAUGCUCGAGGACCCGGAAACGGGGAAGAAGCAGAGGGAAGGGCGGAGAUGCUUGUCACGUGCGGCCAAUAUAGACAAAGCAGGCCCUCCCCCUAGUCUCCCAAGUUCAGGCGCGCACCACAAGAGCCCAGAAAAGAAAGGCGGGGCUAGCCCGAAACACCAAUGGAAGCGAGAGUGGGCGGGCUCGCGCUUAGGUGCAGGAGGCGGAGCUUGCCCAGCCGGGCCAAUGAGGGCACGAGGCGCUGGACGGUUGUUAGGCAGGGAAGGUAGGCGCAUGGCUGACGCGGCACUGUUCGAGUUUCUGCACACGGAAAUGGUAGCGGAGCUGUGGGCGCAAGAUCCGGACCCCGGCCCCGGGGGACAGAAGAUGAGCCUGUCGGUCCUGGAGGGCAUGGGCUUCCGCGUGGGCCAGGCCCUGGGCGAGAGGCUGCCCCGGGAGACGCUAGCCUUCAGGGAGGAGCUGGACGCUCUCAAGUUCCUAUGCAAAGACGUGUGGGCGGCCGUGUUCCAAAAGCAGAUGGACAGCCUCCGCACCAAUCAUCAGGGGACCUACGUCCUGCAGGACCACAGCUUCCCCCUUCUCAUCCGGAUGGCCUCGGGUCUGCAGUACCUGGAGGAAGCGCCCAAGUUCCUGGCCUUCACCUGCGGCCUCCUCCGGGGCACCCUCAGCACCCUGGGCAUCAAGAGCCUGGUCACCGCCUCCGUGGCAGCCCUGCCCGCCUCCUGCUUCCCCUGGGGCAUGCCAGCCUGGAGGAGACAACCCUUGACGAUGACCUGGUCUAGUGGUUUCGAACACUCUUCCCGGUGCGGGAACCCAGUCACCCACGCAGCCCUGGGAUGCAGGCCAGGUGGGCAGGAAGCAUCUCCACCCUAGACCGGUGAGGAAACUUGAGGCCCCGCUGAGGCCACCCAGGCUGUUGGCGCAGGGCAGGGAUGAACAUCUCUGAGCUACGGGGAUGCUGCCUCUCCCCUCCGGUCCCAGCCUCAGGCUAAAGCCAGCCCUUCUCUUCCAGGUAAGUUCCAGGUGGUGAUCCAGAGAUCCUGAGGGAGCCCCAGGCGCCACCCCAUCCCGGGGACCCAGCUGCUGCCCAUGGUGGUGGCCGGUGCUGGGGAGACGGGGUCCCCCCACCGCUUCAGGGCCUCAUAAGCGCUCAACAAAUGGGUGUCAUAGGGAGGUGGGGGUGUCCCGGGGGCAAGGUGGACCCCGCCCCAGUCAGGGCUGGUGUGGAGGGAGCCCACAUUGGACACGUCCCUCCACAUGGCAGGUGCUCAAUAAAGGUUCUGUACGUGGGA